AUGCAGCCACAAGUUCAGGCGACUCCAGUAGCACCACAACAACAGCCACUACUUCUACUGCUGCAACAACAACAGCAGCAACGACAUUCAAUAUCAAUUUCCCCAAGCCACAAGGAAAACAAUGCAAGCACAUUGAGCGAAUCAGCUUAUCUACUGGAAGUUGAGGCUACUCCGUUGAAAUCAAACUCUUUAGUGAUUACAACACCAACAGACCAAUUUAUCAAACCCGAUAAUAAACAUCGACAAUCAAUCAAUGAAAAACUAUCAUCUCUUUCAAAAUACUUGACGGUUGAGAUGACUCCCAAGCAAAACAAUCUGAUUUUUUCAACUCCUAGAAACAUUCGUAUCACGACAGACCCAGGUAUGGUUAGUAAUAGCGACAACAAAGGUACUGGCAAUGAAACUAAUAUAGUGUUUAAUACGCCGCUACAUCACCAGCAGUUAAUUGGAUCGUCGCCAUUGAAAUCUAGACGUGAAAGUGUUUCAAGUGUCACUAGCAUAAUUAGCAACACCAACAAUAAUCAUAAUCAUUUUGAAAAUAGCUAUGGAAAAUCUGGACCAAAACCAGGCGAUCCAGUUGCAUUAGAAUCGUCACCGUUCAUAUCCAUUUUAAGUGAUUCAGAAAAUCUAAUGGGGUUAAGACCAAAAAAGUUAUUUGAUAGUAUUACUACUUCACCACAAGACAAGAACUACGAUGAUGAGAAAGUCGUUAAAAAUAGUCAUAACAAUAACGAGUAUGAUUCUGAGUAUGAUUCUGAUGAAUUACUAAACCCAUCAUCCAAGCAAACCGUAAGGUCUACCUAUUCCAAAAGAAGAAAAUAA